UGGGGACGUCAGAGUCUCGCUCUUUGUUACUGGUUGGCCCAACUGCCAACCAAAUACCGGUUACCGGGUAUUGGCUUCUAAGCUUGUCUAUCUCUGCUCUACGAGGCACUAUUGGCUCAUGUAAAGCUGGACUACAAACAUGACACCGAAUUUGUAGUUCAUCACUAGGAAGCGAGAGUCGGAAAAAAUGGACGGGAGUAAACUCCGUGCACAGUCCUCGAGAAAAAACUACCGCAAGGCGAGCACAGCAAUUUGGAUUAAAAGGCUACUUCUUGGACCCUUGGGGAUAUGUGGAAAAAAUUUAUUGAAAACUAAACUAUGACGCGAAGUGAAUCAGAUGAAUCAGAUGAAUCAGGGGCUCCAUUCCCUCGUCAAAGUUACAUUUGCCAUUUGCUUCUGAGUCUUUUACGACAGACAUCUGCCCUGAGUAGUAAACCUGCAUUCAACUAAAAUGAAUCCUUCACCUCCAGGUCGGUCAAUUCAGCCUGGCUACACCCGCCGGGACCCUCGUCCUUCUCCCUAUCCAAGACCUGCGCCUGCUGACCCCAUGGCCGGCUAUCGCCGCUUCCAACUGCGUCAUAUCAUCUCUGAGCUCACUACGCUUCUGGAACAGCUCAUUUCUCCUGAACUGCCUGCGCAUGCUUAUCUGCCAUCCCAUAUUAUAAGAAAUCCUCCUGUUCUCAUGUCCUCCUCUCAAACCACUCUGGUAAACCUCGUGGACAGGGGAUCUCAAACUGAUGGCUGUCCUCAUGCUCACCCUUGCACCCGUGAGCCUGGAACUCCCGGCUCCCCCCCUCCUUAUGCCUAUGUUCAUCCCCUCUCUCCCACCUUUCCAUCUUCUCCCUCUGAUUCUAACCCUGCGUCUCCAGAUUACACUCCUGAAUCUCCAGAUUACACUCCUGGAUCUCCAGAUUACACUCCUACUACUCCCCUUUACUAAGGCCUAAUAAAAACACCUUAAUAAUAAUAAUAAAUCACCUUCUAUCCAC